CUUGUGCCCACUCUGUGCUCUUUGAUUGGACAAGGCAGUAACGUUAGCAACCACGCAGAACGGCCAAGGAGUGUAAAUGUUCAAAACGAAAACGUCAACUGCACAACCAACGCGAAUAUUCCGACUUUCAAGUGGAAUAUAACCUACGUUGGCAACACCGACGACGUUUAUCGCAAAGCAGCUGUCGGGUGAGCAAUGCCGCCGGCCCCCAGCUGCGACUGCCCCCACCUGGACUGCGUGGGGGAGAUCACCAAGGAGGAACUCAUCCACAAGUCACACGGCCAGUGUCAAGAUUGUAAAGUUGGAGGACCAAAUUUGUGGGCUUGUUUGGAGAAUGGCUGUGCAUACGUUGGCUGUGGAGAAUCCCAUGUGGACCACAGCACUGGACACUCGCAGGAGACCGGCCACAACCUGACGGUGAACCUGACCACGCUGCGAGUGUGGUGUUAUGCCUGCGGCAAGGAGGUCUUCUUGGACCGUAAACUAGUCCCUCAGACCCCGCAGUCCAACAGCAAGCCUCUUGCUUCCUCUCAGCAGGGUAACGACAGAGCCUCUCCUAUGAGCCCCGCCUCCCUCCGUGGGACCCCCAAUGGCGUUUCCGAAGACCUGGAUAUGGAGACGGAGGAAGAGGAUGACAUGCGUGCUCGAGGCUUGACUGGACUGAAGAACAUCGGCAACACGUGCUACAUGAACGCUGCUCUACAGGCCCUGUCCAACUGCCCGCCGUUGACGCAGUUUUUCCUCGAGUGCGGCGGCCUGGUACGGACAGACAAGAAGCCAGGGCUUUGCAAGAGCUACCAAAAACUCGUGUCUGACCUGUGGCACAAGAACAGACCCUCCUACGUGGUCCCGACUAAUCUAUUCCAGGGAAUCAAAGCCAUCAACCCAAUGUUCAGAGGAUAUUCUCAGCAGGACUCGCAGGAGUUUCUGCGCUGCUUGAUGGACCAGCUGCACGAAGAGUUGAAGGAGACGCUGCCGGAGCCAUACGAGCCAUCCGGCAGCGGCACGGUGGAUGACAGCCCGCCCAAGGAGGAGAACCAUAACCAGUCGGACAACGACUUUCAGUCAUGCGAGUCGUGCGGGUGCAGCGAUCGGGCCGAUGGCGAAGCACUUCACGCAGACGUGCCCACCGUCGUCGUCGACAACGAGGCCGAGAUGCUGAUUCCCGAGCAGGCCGACGUCCAGGCCAACAGAGAGUGGCAAAAGGAGAAGAACAUGAUCAACGACAUCUACCGCGCCGGGGAGAACACAGAAGCGGACAUGGACAAAGAUGUUGACACCACCACAGAGACCACGCCCAUUAUCAGCAGUCAGGGACACAUUAAGACACAAAGCAGGACAUCGGAGUCCUUUCCCGAUAUCCAAAUCUCCAACAUCACAAGACCGCAAAGUCCGGUUCCUCUGCAGGCCCACAAAAUGUCCAGCAGCCCGCCCAAAGCUUCCUCUGUGUGGCCCAGCCUCAACACUGCACACAAGAAAGCGAUGAGCGCGUUCUCCCCACCCAAGAGCAAGUGUCAGAGGAGGUACCGUAGCGUCAUCUCGGACGUGUUCGACGGGACUAUUGUGAGCUCUGUGCAGUGCCUCACCUGUGAUCGGGUGUCGGUCACGCUGGAGAACUUCCAGGACAUCUCCUUACCCAUCCCGGGAAAGGAGGACCUGGCCAAACUGCACUCCGCUACCCACCAGACAUCCCUGGUGAAAGCCGGCUCCUGCGGGGAAGUCUACGCGCCACAGGGGUGGAUUGCAUUUGUCAUGGAAUACAUCAAGAGCUGGUUCUGGGGUCCGGUGGUCACGCUACAAGAUUGUCUCGCGGCCUUCUUCGCCAGGGACGAGCUGAAAGGCGACAACAUGUAUAGCUGUGAAAAAUGCAAGAAGUUACGAAAUGGAGUCAAGUUUUGCAAAAUGCAAAGUUUGCCAGAGAUUCUGUGUAUCCACCUGAAGCGCUUCAGGCAUGAGCUGAUGUUCUCCACCAAGAUUGGCACCCAUGUCUCCUUCCCUUUAGAGGGCCUGGACCUGCAGCCCUUCUUAGCCAAGGACAGCUCAACACAGACUACCAACUACGACCUGUUGUCAGUCAUUUGCCACCAUGGCACUGCCAGCAGUGGCCACUACAUUGCAUACUGUCGGAACGACCUCAACAAUCUUUGGUAUGAGUUUGAUGACCAAAGCGUGACUGAGGUGUCAGAGUCUUGUGUCCAGAAUGCUGAGGCUUAUGUGCUUUUCUACAAGAAGAGCAACGAGGAUACAGUGAAGGAGCGCAAUAGGGUGUCGGGCUUGCUCAACAUGAUGGAGCCCAGCCUAUUACAGUUCUACAUUUCCCGCCAAUGGCUCAAUAAGUUCAAGACCUUUGCUGAGCCGGGGCCCAUCUCCAACGAAGAUUUCCUGUGCCCGCACGGAGGUGUUCCACCCAACAAAGCAAAUUACAUUGAGGAGCUGGCCGUAGUGGUACCACAGACCGUGUGGGACCACCUGUACAGCAGGUACGGGGGAGGACCUGCCGUCAAUCACCUGUACAUCUGCAACACGUGCCAGAUUGAGGUUGAGAAACUGGAGAAGCGGCGCAAGUCAGAGCUGGACAUGUUUGUCCGGCUGAACAAGGCCUUCCAGGAUGAGGAGUCUCCGGUGGUCAUAUCCUGCAUCAGCAUGCAGUGGUUCCGUGAGUGGGAGGGCUUUGUCAAAGGGAAAGACAAUGAUCCUCCAGGCCCCAUUGAUAAUUCCAAGAUAGCAGUGAGCAAGAUUGGCCAUUUAACACUCAAACAAGGCGCAGACUCGGGCCAAAUCUCAGAGGAGACAUGGAACUUCCUGCAUGCCAUCUACGGUGGCGGCCCACUGGUGACUGUGCGGCCCAGCGUGGUCACCGGCCACCAGGAAGCGGACGCCUCCCACCAGUCAGAGGAAAAGAUCGAGGUGGAGACGCGCUCGCUUUAAAAACAAAUUCAAACAAAGAACAAGGCAACGAGUUAAAAAAAAGCCUUUUUAAUUUUUUGCACCUUGAUUUGAAACGCAUUCACGCAAAAAAAAAGGACGCCGGCAUUAACUGCUUACGCGACAACUCGCUCCAAAAAGGGAAUCAAAACCUUGUCGUGUUGUACAAA